GUAACUUAUGUCGAGCAUCUCGUAAGAGUGCCAAGGACAUGGGUGGAUGCUUGAUGUUGUUACAGAUAUGGUCAUGGGAGCACAUUCAUAUAGGGAGGCCCAUUAUUCGGACGGUUCGACCGGAUGGGCAACAUGAUCAGGAAGAUGACGCGGAUGAUUUUGAACCGAUAUUAGGGUCACAGCAUCGGCGCGGGAUGGAUCCUUUGGCAGUAAGCUGGCUUCGCGUAUAUCUUUCGAGAUCCCACUCCCCACAUACUCUCGUCUACUACAGGGACGCACUAGAUCGACAACGGGACGAGCAGAUGACAUGGCAGCCUUACACAGCGGCUAAGAUGGAAGCUCUACCGCACAUAUGUACAUCGGGCCACGAGAUUUGGAGAUCGCGUUGUCCUCUUAUUUGCUUUGACAUCGUCGAGCUACAUCUCCCGGAUCGUGUCAUGCGUCAAUUCGGUUUGGAGCAGGUAAUUCCGCAAGCCUGUGACACCCAACGUCAACUACAUGCGAUCGAUCGGAGGACUGGGGACAAGAACUACCUCGUACGACAUAGAUCGCAUGUAGAUGCGUGGAACGACCGAGCAUCUACAUUGGUUGGAGGAGAUAACUUCACAGGUCAUAGCUCUGCUAUGUACAUGAGUUGGUACAGGCGCAUCUCCAUAUUACGCCUAACGAACAUCGCAUUUGCGCAGCCAGGAUCACAUUACCAUCCGACAUCUACGUUACUGGCUGAGCGCAUCCGAUCGGUGUUGAUACAAUGUAAUGACACGAUUCAAGGGGCCGCUACAUCGCCAGUUGACGUGGGCUAUCGGCUAUGUUCUCAGACCUUAGGAUCCAUUAAUGCGUCGUUGACCGAUGCAUUGAGUCAAGCGGGUUAUGAGUAA